GGACCCCAACUGCUACAAUAUACUAGUAGCCUGGUACCAGUAAUCUCUUCAGUCUUCUCAUCUCACGCUAUCAUUCAUUCACUGCUCUCCCAUCACACAAACAAUAAUGCACCACCCCUUCUCACUCUUCACUCACCUGACCAAAAAUAAUUGAACCAACCUCACUCAAACUCAACCUCCAUUCCACUCCCAUGGCACUGCUUAAAUCCUUACUCACUUCUCGUCACUUUCUCACUCGUUUCUCUAUAGUAUUAUUCUUCAUCUCAUCCCCUGCAUUCUCAGCUCAUCUCGAAGACUACAGCAUAAAAACCUACAUAGUCCACGUCCAACACGACGCCAAGCCCUCCAUUUUCCCCACACACACUCACUGGUACUUAUCCGCGCUAAGCUCAGUCGAAGACACCGCAUUCUCCCCCUCUAUUAUCCACAAUUACGACACCGUUUUCCACGGCUUUUCGGCGCAGCUUUCGUCUUCACAGGCCCGGAAACUUGAGGAAUCUCCCGGAGUGAAUGCGGUGAUUCCUGAGCAAGUACGACAGCUUUAUACUACCAGGUCCCCGCAGUUUCUCGGGCUCAAGACCAGCGACACGGCGGGUCAGUUACUUAAGGAAUCUGACUUCGGGUCGGAUCUUGUUAUCGGGGUUAUUGACACGGGGAUCUGGCCCGAGAGACGUAGUUUUAAUGACCACGAUCUCGGGCCGGUUCCGGUUAAAUGGAAAGGCCAGUGUGUGGCUACUGAGGGGUUUCCGAUUACUUCGUGUAAUCGGAAACUCAUUGGGGCGAGAUACUUUAGUAGUGGCUAUGAAGCUACUAAUGGCCAGAUGAAUGAGACGAUGGAGCAUCGGUCUCCUCGGGACUCUGAUGGUCACGGGACUCAUACGGCUUCGAUAGCAGCCGGGAGGUAUGUUUUCCCGGCUGCUACGCUUGGGUAUGCCCGCGGGGUGGCUGCUGGAAUGGCUCCUAAAGCGAGGCUUGCGGCUUAUAAAGUUUGUUGGAAUGCUGGAUGUUAUGAUUCGGAUAUUCUUGCGGCUUUUGAUGCGGCGGUGGCUGAUGGUGUUGAUGUGGUGUCGCUCAGUGUGGGAGGGGUGGUGGUGCCUUAUCAUCUGGAUGCUAUUGCGAUUGCGGCUUUUGGAGCUUCGGAUGCUGGGGUUUUUGUGUCGGCGUCGGCUGGUAAUGGCGGUCCUGGUGGUCUUAGUGUUACCAACAUAGCUCCUUGGGUUACCACUGUCGGAGCAGGUACGAUUGAUCGUGAUUUUCCGGCUGAGGUCAAGUUAGGAAAUGGAAGAAUUAUACCUGGAGUGAGUAUAUACAGUGGGCCUACAUUAGCACCUCAUCGACUCUACCCACUUAUCUAUGGCGGUGGCGAAGGUGGUGGUGAUGGUUACUCCUCAUCCCUGUGCCUUGAAGGGUCUUUGGAUCCUAAAGAUGUGAAGGGCAAGAUAGUAUUGUGCGACAGAGGGAUUAAUUCAAGGGCUGCUAAAGGUGAAGUAGUUAAAAAAGCAGGUGGAGUUGCUAUGAUACUAGCUAAUGGUGUGUUUGAUGGUGAGGGACUGGUAGCUGAUUGCCAUGUGUUGCCAGCAACUGCUGUCGGUGCGAUAUCAGGUGAUAUAAUCAGAAGGUACAUUACAUCGGCUGGGAGGUCUCCGAAAGCUAGCAUAGUUUUUAAAGGGACACGGCUUGGAGUUAGGCCAGCCCCUGUUGUUGCAUCAUUCUCCGCCAGGGGACCUAAUCCAGAGUCACCUGAUAUAUUGAAGCCUGAUAUAAUUGCCCCGGGAGUCAAUAUUCUUGCAGCAUGGCCUGAUGGAGUCGGGCCAUCCGGAAUUGCUUCUGAUAAGCGUCACACUGAGUUUAAUAUAUUGUCCGGAACUUCGAUGGCAUGUCCUCAUGUUUCUGGUCUAGCUGCAUUGCUUAAGGCAGCACAUCCCGGAUGGAGUCCUGCAGCAAUAAGAUCAGCACUAACAACAACAGCAUAUACAAUAGAUAACAGAGGUGAAACAAUGUUGGACGAAUCUACGGGUAAUUCAUCAACUAUUAUGGAUUACGGGGCAGGGCAUGUUCACCCUCAAAAGGCUAUGGAUCCAGGACUUAUUUAUGAUAUAGAUUCAUACGGCUAUGUUGAUUUCCUAUGCAAUUCAAAUUACACUACAAAAAACAUUCAAGUGAUCACCCGAAAGAAUGCAGAUUGCAGUGGAGCAAGAAAGGCCGGCCAUUUGGGGAAUUUAAAUUACCCGUCUUUAUCAGUUGUGUUCCAACAAUAUGGAAAGCAAAAGAUGUCUACUCACUUCAUACGGACAGUGACGAAUGUCGGGGAUCCAAAUUCCGUGUACAAGGUUACAAUUAGGCCUCCAACAGGAACACUGGUGACAGUUGAGCCAGAGAAAUUAGCAUUUAGAAGGUCAGGGCAGAAGCUGAACUUCUUAGUAAGAGUCGAAGCAACGGAAGUGAAGCUCUCAUCAGGGAGUUCAACUAUGAGGAGUGGUGCAAUAGAAUGGUCUGAUGGGAAGCACAUUGUCACCAGUCCACUAGUUGUCACAAUGCAGCAGCCCCUGUAGGUAAUUUAUCUCGAGUCUUUCGUUCUGUUCAAACUAAGUUCAUGUUUUGAUAGAUAUUUCAUCUAUUUGCCCAGACUAAGGCGUGGAGAAUCAUUUCUUGUUUUCGACAUUGUUGUUGUAACAGUAAGAUUUAUAUAUACUUGUAGGAAAAGGAGAGUGUUGAUGAGGUUUAAAAGAGUGUAAAUAUGUCAUGCGAGUCUCUGAUUGCUGUAAAUUGUAUUCAUGACUUGUAAGCUGUGUGUUUAUUUGAGUAAUCUUGUUAA